AAAGUAUUACUGUAAAAUACAAAGCUAGUCUUACGAAAGAAAUAGAAAUAGAGAUAUUAGCAUCUUGUUCUUUUGAAGAAAAGGACAUUAAACUUAACGCAAAUCUUAUUCAAGCUGAAACAUUUAUGAAUGCAUUAAAACGAUUUAUGUUCCGUCAGUUAUUAGUAGAAACUAUACGAGAGGAUCAUCCUUUAUCAGAAUAUUUAAAUCAGGCAGCCCUCUGCUGUUGGCCAGAUAGUAUAGAUGAAGACUCAAUUUCAGAAAUGUUUCCUACAUCACUUUUGAUAAAACAUACACAUGAAGCAUAUCAUUUUAUAAAAACGAGAAUAGAGGUGAUGGCUGCGGAAAAACAAAAGAUUGUGCGGCAGUCCAAUAUCUUCAAAGAAGAAGAAGGACAGACAUUCAAGAAAUAA